AUGACCAUGACGAAAUUCUCUAGUUUGUUCUUACCCUCUUUCUCUCAGUCUAUCUAUCUAUCUAUCUAUCUAUCUAUCUAUCUAUCUAUCUAUCUAUCUAUCUAUCUAUCUAUCUAUUGUAGUAUGUUCUAUCUAUCUAUCUAUCUAUCUAUCUAUGCACCAAAAAUAAUAUUACUGAUUCAGAAUUUUGUGUAUUUCUUUUCUCUUGCACAGUUUCUUUAUUUCUGCUUUCAUAUCUCCAUGUACACUUUAUUGGCUGCUGUAACGAGAAGUUCGGCCACUGUCCAGGCAGGAGUCCGAUGGCUUCAGAAAGAUCUGGUCAGGUCCCUUUUUAAGGGUCACACUGUUAGGUCCACUGCAGCCCUUCCUCAACAAGAAUUUCCUUCGGUUAACAAUAACAUACCUUCAUCCUCGUCAACUAAUGUCAGCCCACAAAAACCAGAUACGGAAGGGGAAUCUUUCAAGCCUUUCGUCAAAAACCUGUUCCUUGGACAAUUUGACAAAUCCAUGCUGGUCUAUCCUGAAAUUUCUGACAAUGAAGAACUUGAAGAACUCACUCAAAUGUUUGAACAAGUGGAAAAAUUCUUCUUGGAAGAAGUUGAUUCCAAAAAGAUUGAUGAAGAAGCCUGUAUUCCUGAAGAAACUCUCAGAAUGAUUGGUGAAAUGGGACUGUUUGGGCAGCAGGUACCACCAGAAUAUGGGGGUCUAGGACUGAAUGCUACAAAAUUUGCUCGAUUAGCUGAAGCUACAGCUUUAGAUGGUUCAAUUGCUGUCACAUUAGCUGCACACCACUCCAUUGGACUUAAGGGAAUUUUAUUAUAUGGAACUGAAGAACAAAAACUAAAAUAUCUUCCCAGACUUGCAAGUGGAGAACAAUUGGCUGCAUUUUGCCUUACAGAGCCAUCCAGUGGAAGUGACGCAGCAUCCAUUCAAACCAGAGCAACACUGUCAGAAGAUGGAAAAUCAUAUUACCUGAAUGGAAACAAAAUUUGGAUUUCAAAUGGGGGUCUGGCUGAAGUCUUUACUGUUUUUGCCAGGACUGACAUCAUAAACAGCAAGGGUGAGAAAGAAGACAAAAUUACAGCCUUUAUUGUGGAAAGAAGUUUUGGUGGCAUCACAAAUGGCAAACCUGAAGACAAAUUAGGCAUUCGAGGCUCAAAUACCUGUGAAGUCCAUUUUGAAAAUACUCCUGUACCAGUAGAAAAUGUCAUUGGAGAAGUUGGGCAAGGAUUCAGUGUGGCUGUGAAUGUCCUGAACAGUGGACGUUUCUCAAUGGGAAGUUCAAACUCGGGAGUUUUAAAGAAACUUUUAGAAAAAACAGUGGACCACACAAUUAAUCGCUCUCAAUUUGGAAGGAAACUUUAUGAGUUUGGCCUCAUCAAGGAGAAAUUGGCAAAAAUUGCCCUUCACAUUUAUGUAAUGGAAAGCAUGGCUUAUAUGACAGCAGGUAUUAUGGACAGCUCUCCAAAAGCUGAUGUCUCACUAGAAGCUGCAAUGGUAAAGAUUUAUAGUAGUGAGAGAGCCUGGGAAUCUACAAGUGAAUGUUUGCAGAUUCUUGGUGGUCUUGGCUACAUGAAGGAUUAUUCAUUUCAGAGAUAUCUACGAGAUUGUCGUAUUUCUUUGAUCUUUGAGGGUACAAAUGAAGUUCUGCGAUUGUAUGUGGCAUUGACAGGUCUCAAAUAUGCAGGAAUAACACUAAAGGAACUAAUCAAAAAACUAAGAGACCCUUUCAACAAUCCUGGACUCUUAAUGAAAACUGUUUAUUCAAGUAUGAGAAAGCGUCUUGCAGAACCAAAGCUGACACAUGAUCUAGCAGCUGCUGUGCACCCGACAUUAAAGCCACAAGCGGACAUUUUAGAAAAAUGCACAGCUCAAUUCAAAAAGAUUGUGGAGAUAGUUUUGUCAAGACAUGGAAAUAGAAUUGUUGAAGAACAACUUGAAGUUCAGCGGAUUGCUAACAUUGUCAUUGACCUCUAUGCCAUGACAGCUUGUAUUGCCCGAUCAUCCAGGUCUUAUUGCAUUGGUCUCAGGAAUGCUGACCACGAGAUUAUGAUCACAAAAGCUUUCUGCUUUGAAGCAAACAAACGAAUCAUUGAAAAUGUGAAAGAUUUGGAAAUGGGUCAUGUAUUGAACAAUGAUGAAAAUCUUUACCAGAUCUGUGAUCAAUUGAUAAAAUCCCAUGGCUAUGCUGCAGAACAUCCCCUGACACGAAAUUGGUGA